GGCAAAGAGGAAAAAGACAGAUAAGCGGGUAGGUAGGUAAGUAAGAGUGGCUAGAAGAAGAACGCAUGGUUUUAAACGUGGCCGUACCUCUCACCUCUUCUUCUCUUCUUCUUAAACUUAUAACUAUCAUUCACUACUUUCCACCUAACCCCUUUUAUAUAGUUAGCCCUUUGGUUUUUCUUUCUUCACCCGCCAAUCCCCUCACUUCCAAUUUUCUCUCCCUUAUAUUAUAUAUCUCAUUUUCCUCUCUUCAUUUUCCCAACCUACUUUCUUCUCAUCCAAAUAAAUACAAUAUCAUAUAUCUCAUUCAUAACAAAAUGUUGUCAUUAGCUCCUUCUAUUGAUGCUAAACAAACCACUACUACAGAAGUCUCUACAGAUUCUGUUGUGAUUAACCAACAAAAACAAAAACCCUCUCAUGAUGAUUAUGAUUCUACUAAUCAUAUUUUUAAAUCUAAAUUACCAGAUAUACCAAUAUCUAACCACCUCCCACUUCACACCUACUGCUUCCAAAAACUUCCUGAAAUCUCCGAUCGACCUUGUCUCAUCGUCGCUUCCACCGGAAAAACAUACACAUAUGCAGAAACUUAUCUCCAAUGUCGAAAAAUCGCGGCCGGUUUAUCCAAAUUAGGAAUCCAAAAAGGAGAUGUAAUCAUGAUUCUACUUCAAAAUUCAGCUGAAUUUGUUCUCUCCUUCCUCGCCGCCUCCAUGAUCGGUGCAGUUGCCACCACUGCUAAUCCUUUCUACACCAGCGCCGAGAUCUUCAAACAAAUAGCUGUUUCCAAGACGAAGCUGAUUAUCACACAAGCAAUGUACGUUGAUAAACUGAAACAGAACGAAGAGAAGUAUGAAUCAAUUGAUUUCAAGAUAAUCACUAUUGAUGAACCGCCGGUGAAUUGUUUACAUUUCUCGGUGAUUUCUGAAGCAAACGAAGAUCAAUUACCGGAAGUUGAAUUCGAUCCAGAAGACGCGGUGGCGCUUCCAUUUUCUUCCGGAACAACAGGAUUACCUAAAGGAGUGAUUCUAACGCAUAAGAGCUUAACAACAAGCGUUGCUCAACAAGUCGAUGGAGAGAAUCCGAAUCUGUAUUUAACAACUGAAGAUGUUCUUCUUUGUGUUCUUCCAUUGUUUCAUAUAUUUUCACUUAACAGUGUGCUAUUGUGCGCACUGAGAGCAGGGAGUGCUGUUCUGAUAAUGCAUAAAUUCGAGAUCGGAACGUUGCUUGGUCUUAUACAGAAACAUAAAGUGACGGUGGCGAUGGUUGUUCCGCCGCUAGUUUUGGCGUUAGCGAAGAAUCCUUCGGUGGCGGAAUUUGAUCUUAGUUCAAUACGGUUGGUGCUUUCAGGAGCCGCGCCGUUAGGGAAGGAGCUUGAAGAAACGCUUCAUAACCGAAUUCCUCAAGCCGUUUUGGGACAGGGUUACGGUAUGACAGAGGCAGGCCCAGUACUAUCCAUGUCUUUGGGUUUUGCAAAGCAUCCAUUGCCAGUAAGCUCAGGUUCAUGUGGCACAGUUGUAAGAAAUGCAGAGCUUAAAGUUCUUGACUCUGAAACUGGUCGUUCUCUUGGUUAUAAUCAACCUGGUGAAAUUUGCAUCCGUGGCCAACAAAUCAUGAAAGGAUAUUUGAAUGAUGAGAAUGCAACAAAAACUACUAUUGAUGAGGAGGGUUGGCUUCAUACUGGUGAUGUUGGAUAUAUAGAUGACAAUGAUGAGAUUUUCAUCGUUGACAGGGUGAAAGAACUCAUCAAAUUCAAAGGCUUCCAAGUGCCCCCUGCUGAACUUGAAGGCCUUCUUGUAAGCCAUCCAUCUAUUGCAGAUGCAGCUGUCGUCCCGCAAAAAGAUGUUGCAGCUGGUGAAGUUCCUGUUGCCUUUGUUGUAAGAUCAAAUGGACUUGAUCUAACUGAAGAAGCUGUAAAGGAAUUUAUAGCUAAACAGGUUGUGUUUUAUAAAAGACUGCACAAAGUUUAUUUCAUUCAUGCAAUUCCCAAGUCUCCAGCUGGGAAGAUACUGAGGAAAGACCUCAGAGCAAAGUUAGAAAGUACCACUUAAAAGUCUUGAGAUGCUAGAAGCUUUUCCACUUCAUUUUUUGGUCAAUAUCUUCCUCAUUUGUUCAUUUGUAUCCUAAUCCUAGCUACUAGCUAGGUCUCAUGCUUAAUUUAUGUAUUGAUAAUUCAAGGUAUAAAGUCAAUAUAUCCAAUAAGUAGUUUUAUGUAUAAAUGGUCCAUUGUAUUUUUAAACCAACUGCCUAAGCAGUUCUGUGGUUUGUUGUGCUUGUCAUGUGAUUUGAGAAACAGUAUUGUUACCAUCAAUAUUUGUAGUUCUUUUUCAUCAAAUAAAUCUUUGCAGUCUUAA